GUAUUCCAGACGGGCAUGGUCGGGUACCCGGAGUCGAUGACCGACCCGUCGUACCACGGGCAGGUGCUGGUGCUGACGUACCCGCUGAUCGGAAACUACGGUAUCCCGGGCUGCGACGUGGACGAGUACGGGCUGAUGCGGCACUUUGAAUCGAACAUCCGCAUCUGGACGGCCGGGCUGGUGGUGAGCGAGGUGUGUGACGAACCGUCGCACUGGCGUAGCCGGCUGACGCUGUCGCAGUGGAUGCAGCAGCACGGUGUGCCCGGCAUCAGCGGGAUCGACACGCGGGCGCUCACCAAAAAGCUCCGCGAAAAGGGCACCAUGGUCGGUAAAAUCGUGCCGAUGCGCGUCGAGUCGGCCGCCGGGUACAGCUUCGCGGACCCCAACCUGCGCAACCUGGUGGCGGAGGUGUCGGUGCCGCAUCCGGCAACCUACAAUCCGACCGGGUCGCCCCGCAUCUUGGCGCUCGACUUUGGCUUAAAGCUAAACCAGAUCCGCUGCUUCGUGGGCCGCGGGGCCCGGGUCGAUGUAGUGCCGUGGAACGCGCGGCCCGAGCAGUACGAAUACGAUGGGCUGUUCCUGUCGAACGGCCCGGGUGACCCGACGAUGUGCCGGGAGGCGGUCGAAAAUCUGCGCGCCCUGCUCGCACAGGCCGCGGGCCUGGCGAAGCCGAUCUUCGGUAUCUGCCUCGGCCACCAGCUGCUGGCGAUCGCGGCCGGCUGCAGCACGUUCCGGAUGCGGUACGGGAACCGGGGCCACAACCUGCCCUGUUUACACCCCGGCACCAAGCGCUGCUACAUGACGUCCCAGAACCACGGGUACGCGGUCGACUCGAGCCGGCUACCGGACGGGUGGCAGGAGCUAUUUUACAACAUGAACGACGGCACGAACGAGGGCCUGGUGCACCGGCACCGGCCGUACUUUAGCGUGCAGUUCCACCCGGAACACACGGCCGGCCCGACCGACCUGGAGGGUCUGUUCGACGCGUUUCUGGAGCUGCUCAGCGGAGGCGGUCCGGAGCCGCCCAUUCCUUUGCCCGAUCGGCUAAACCGGUGGCUGCGGUACGAGCCAGCGGUGCCACCGGUGCUGCCAGUCGAGCGCCCAAAGAAGAUGCUGAUCCUCGGAUCGGGCGGCCUUUCGAUUGGGCAGGCUGGCGAGUUCGAUUACUCGGGCUCGCAGGCGAUCAAGGCGCUGCGCGAGGAGAACAUCCGCACGGUGCUGAUCAACCCGAACAUUGCGACCGUCCAAACGUCGAAGGGGCUGGCGGACAAGGUGUACUUUCUGCCGCUCACACGAUACUACGUGGAGCAGGUGCUCCGGGCCGAGCGCCCGGACGGGGUGCUGCUGACGUUCGGUGGCCAGACGGCGCUCAACGUGGGCGUCGAGAUGGAGGAUAGCUUCGCGCGGUAUCGGGUGCGCAUCAUGGGCACCCCGAUCCGGUCGAUCAUCGAAACCGAGGACCGCAAGCUGUUCGCCGAGCGGGUGGCCGAGAUUGGCGAACGGGUCGCCCCGUCCGCUGCCGUCUACUCGGUACAGGAAGCGAUGGAAGCGGCCGACGUCAUCGGGUACCCGGUGAUGGCGCGAGCCGCGUUUGCGCUCGGUGGGCUCGGGUCUGGGUUUGCGAGCACCCCGGAUGAACUGAGGGCCCUGGCGACCCAGGCGUUUGCCCACUCGUCGCAGGUCAUCAUCGACAAGUCGCUCAAAGGCUGGAAGGAGGUUGAGUAUGAGGUGGUGCGCGAUGCGUACGAUAACUGCAUCACGGUGUGCAACAUGGAGAACCUGGAUCCACUCGGCAUACACACGGGCGAGAGCAUCGUGGUGGCCCCAUCGCAGACCCUGUCGAACCGAGAGUACAACAUGCUGCGCACGACCGCGAUCCGCGUGAUCCGGCACUUUGGUGUGGUCGGUGAGUGUAACAUCCAAUACGCGCUCUGCCCACACUCGGAGCAGUACUACAUCAUCGAGGUGAAUGCGCGGCUAUCGCGUAGCUCGGCGUUGGCGAGUAAAGCCACCGGUUACCCGCUCGCUUACGUCGCCGCCAAGCUAGCGCUCGGGGUACGCCUGCCGGACAUCCGGAACACGGUGACGGGCGCUACGACGGCGUGCUUCGAGCCGAGCCUCGAUUACUGCGUGGUGAAGGUGCCGCGUUGGGAUCUGGACAAGUUUGCGCGCGUCAGCAAACACAUCGGCAGCUCGAUGAAGAGCGUCGGCGAGGUGAUGGCGAUCGGGCGCACGUUCGAGGAAGCGUUCCAGAAGGCGCUCCGCAUGGUGGACGGUGUGAAUGGGUACGGGUUCGAUCCGACGCUCAAGCCGGUCAACGAGCAGGAGCUGGUGCAACCGACCGAUGAGCGGAUGUUCGUGCUGGCGGCCGCCCUCCGGGCCGGUUACACCGUCGAGCAGCUGCACGCACUGACCGCGAUCGACCGGUGGUUCCUGCACCGGAUGCGCCGUAUCGUGGACUUUGGGCGCCACCUGGAGUCGCUGGCGGGAGGGCCGGUACCCGGGCCGGGUGUGUUGCGUGAGGCGAAACGGCUCGGGUUCUCGGACCGUGCGAUCGCACGCUCCCUCAAGAGUACGGAGCUGGCGGUGCGGAUGCACCGGAAGGAGCACGGUGUGGUGCCGUGCGUAAAGCAGAUCGACACGGUCGCGGGGGAGUGGCCGGCAUCGACCAAUUACCUGUACCUCACGUACAGCGGAACCGAGAGCGACGUGCAGUUCCCGGGUCAGUACACGAUGGUGCUCGGAUCGGGCGUGUAUCGAAUCGGCAGCUCCGUCGAGUUUGAUUGGUGCGCGGUUGGGUGUUUGCGAGAGCUGCGAACCCUCGGUCAUCGGACGAUCAUGGUGAACUACAACCCGGAGACGGUCAGCACCGAUUACGAUGUGUGCGAUCGGUUGUACUUUGAGGAGAUCUCGUUCGAGGUGGUGAUGGACAUUUACGACGCGGAGCAACCGGCCGGCAUUAUCCUGUCGAUGGGGGGUCAGCUGCCGAACAACAUUGCGAUGGACCUGCACCGGCAGCAAGCACGCAUCCUCGGUACGUCGCCCGAGUCGGUGGAUGGGGCGGAGAAUCGGUUCAAGUUUUCGCGCAUGCUCGACCGGAAGGGUAUCCUGCAGCCGCGCUGGAAGGAGCUCACGAACCUGCAGUCGGCGGUCGAGUUCUGUGAGGAGGUCGGCUACCCGUGCCUGGUGCGCCCGUCCUACGUGCUGUCCGGGGCCGCGAUGAACGUAGCUUACUCGCACCAGGACCUCGAGGCGUACCUGCAGGCCGCGUCGGACGUUAGCAAGGAGCACCCGGUGGUGAUUUCGAAGUUUCUGGUCGACGCGAAAGAGAUCGACGUUGAUGCGGUCGCCGCCGACGGUGUGAUCCUGUGCCUGGCCGUGUCCGAGCACGUGGAGAACGCGGGUGUACACUCGGGCGAUGCAACGCUCGUGACACCACCGCAGGACAUCAAUCCGGAGACGCUCGGGCGCAUCAAGGAGAUUGCGCGUGACAUUGCGGCGUUGCUCGACGUGACGGGCCCAUUCAACAUGCAGCUGAUUGCGAAGGAUAACGAGCUGAAGGUGAUCGAGUGCAAUGUGCGUGUGUCCCGCUCGUUUCCGUUCGUGUCGAAGACGCUUGACCUCAACUUUGUUGGUGUUGCAACGCGCGUUAUCGUCGGACUGCCGGUCGAGCCACUCGACGUACUGCACGGGUGCGGCCGGGUCGGUGUCAAGGUGCCACAGUUUAGCUUUUCGCGCCUGGCCGGUGCCGAUGUGAUGCUGGGAGUGGAGAUGGCGUCGACGGGCGAGGUCGGUUGCUUCGGCGAUAACCGGUACGAGGCGUACCUGAAGGCGCUCAUGUCGACCGGAUUUGAGAUCCCGCGGAAGGCGAUCCUGCUCAGUAUCGGUAGCUACAAGCACAAAAUGGAGCUCCUGCCGUCGGUACGGAACCUGGUCAAGAUGGGUUACAAGCUGUACGGUUCGAUGGGCACCGGGGACUUCUACACCGAGCACGGUGUCCCAGUAAUUGCCGUAGAACUGCACUCCGAGCAUGAGCUGGUUGAGCACGAAGAUCCCCCUCUACGCCAUCUGGCGGAGUAUCUGGCAAACAAACAGUUCGAUAUGGUGAUCAACCUGCCGAUGCGGGCGGACGGGGCACGGCGUGUCACGUGCCUGACGACACACGGGUACCGGACGCGCCGGCUUGCCGUCGACUACUCGGUCCCACUCAUGACGGACGUCAAGUGCACGAAGAUGCUGGUCGAAGCGCUACGCCGUUGCGGAGGCGCGGCUCCGAUGAAAACGCACACGGACUGCAUCGAGUCACGGGCGCUCCUCAAGCUGCCCGGCUUCAUCGACGUGCACGUGCACCUACGGGAACCGGGCGCCCCGCACAAGGAAACGUUCUCUUCCGGUACGGCGGCAGCCCUGGCCGGCGGCGUCACGAUGGUGCUGGCCAUGCCGAACACGCAGCCCCCGGUCGUGGACCGGGCUUCGCUCGAGAAGGCACGGGAACACGCGGUGGCGGGUGCCCGCUGCGACUACGCCCUGUACGUGGGUGGAACCAGCACGAACUACGGGGCGGAGCUGGCGGAACUGGCGCCGCAGGCGGCCGGACUGAAGCUGUACCUCAACGACACCUACUCGACGCUCCAGCUGGGUGGGAUCCCCGAGUGGCAGAUGCAUCUGGCCUGCUGGCCCCGGCGAGCCCCGCUCUGUGUGCACGCCGAGCGUGACAAGAUGGCGGCGGUGCUGCUGCUUGCGUCGCUCCUCGACCGACCGAUCCACGUGUGCCACGUGGCGCGCCGCGAAGAAAUCCUUGUGAUCAAGGCGGCCAAGGAGCGUGGGAUCAAGGUUACGUGCGAAGUGUGCCCGCAUCACCUUUUCCUUUCGACGGCCGACGUCGAGCGGGUGGGUGGGCCGGGCUGGGCGCAGGUGCGCCCUGUGCUCUGCUCGCCCGAGGAUCAGCGAGCCCUGUGGGAGAACCUGGACGUGAUCGACGUGUUCGCGACCGACCACGCACCGCACACGCGCGACGAGAAGGGCUCGGAUGCGGCGCCACCCGGUUUUCCGGGGCUCGAGACCAUCCUGGCGCUGCUGCUGACGGCGGUCAGUGAGGGGCGCCUUACGAUGGACGAGCUGAUCGCCAAGUUUCACCGCAAUCCGAAGCGCAUCUUCAACUUGCCCGAUCAACCGAACACGUACAUCGAGGUGGACCUGGACUACGAGUGGAUCAUUCCGGAGCGCUCGUUCCACUCGAAGGCCGACUGGAGCCCGUUCGCUGGGAUGCGCGUCCGCGGCCACGUACAGCGGGUCGUCCUGCGGGGUGAGACCGCCUACGUGGACGGAGCCGUCCUGGCGAACGCCGGUUACGGGCAGAACGUGCGCGAUUGGCCCCAACCGCCACUGGCGCGACUGGCCCGGGGGGGAGUGGGAGGAGCCGCAACAACGGCGGAGCAGGCUGGCGCCACACUGGCGCCACCCCCGGCAACGGUCGUCGGUGUCGGGGAAGCGGGCGCCGCCGAUGGUGAAACGAACGAAAUGUUCUUCCGUCUGCUGGCCCAGCAGGCGGCGGAAGCGGAAGCCGCGUCGCACCCGCACCGGAUCGCUCCAGCACGGACACCCGGCCCCGGUACGGUGGCCGGUGGUGGUGGCGGCGGUGGCCCGUCCUUGCCAACGCCGGUUUCGCCGGUUCCGCCAACACCGGCCGGGGGACGGAUGCGUUACGACUCGGUGGGUCCGUCCAGUGGCCGGCUGGAGCCACCGCUGGUGAGCGCUGAGGGGAGCGCCUGGGUGCGCCAGCUGGCCGGUAAGCACGUGCUCACCGUGGACCUGUUCACGAAGGAACACCUGAACGAGAUCUUCCACCUGGCGCAAACGAUGAAAGCGCGCGUCGCCAAGGAUCGGCCACUGGACGAGGUGCUGCGCGGCAAGCGCGCCGCUCACCACUGCCGGAAGCCGCUGAUUAAUGCGGGCGACGGGGUAGGCGAACACCCGACGCAGGCGCUGCUGGACAUCUUCACGAUCCGCGAGGAGAUUGGGACGGUGAACGGGCUGACCAUCACGAUGGUGGGCGACUUGAAGCACGGCCGCACCGUCCACUCGCUCGCCCGCCUGCUGACGCUGUACAACGUCAACAUGCGGUACGUGUGCCCGCCCGGGCUCGAGAUGCCGGACCGGGUGCGCGAGUUCGUCGACCGGAAGGGCGUGUCGCAGCGGCAGUGUGCCACGCUCGAGGAAGCGAUCGCCGACACGGACGUCCUGUAUGUGACGCGCAUCCAGCGCGAACGCUUCGCCUCCGAGGAUCACUACCUGCGGUGCUGCGGUCAGCUGGUCUUGACCCCCCAGACGAUGACCUUCGCCAAGCGGCGCAUGAUCGUGAUGCACCCGUUGCCGCGCGUCCUGGAGAUCAGCACCGAGAUCGAUAACGAUCCACGGGCCGCCUACUUCCGGCAGGCCGAGUACGGCAUGUACGUGCGUAUGGCGCUGCUCGCGAUGGUGCUUGGCCGUUACUGAGCCGGAGUCGUCGGAGCUAACCGUUUUGAGGUCCGCCUAGGUCCGCAAAUGGAAUGGAGGCGGCGGAGCAGCUGCCCCGUUGCGUGCGAUCACGCCUUUUCGAAUUGUAUACAGCACACACACACAGACAAG